AUGGAGGAUAAGCACCUUCUUUUGGGUUUCGACACCACUGUAUUGAAACGAGAAAAUUUCCAAGUAUCGCUACAUGGCAGGCGAUACGUACAAUUUGAAGAGUAUUUGGCGAACGGUCGCGGAGUUUGUGCCAGAGAGAUGGGCUUUCGUGUGUCGCGAAAGAUUUCAAAACGUUUUGUCUGCAGAAGGGUCACUUACUGGACAUCACAUGAUGAUUAUCAUCUACUUCGAGCGGUUUAUCAAUAUGGCACAAGGCGGAAUGAUGUUCUUCGACGUUUUAAAACUGUGACGAACAAUUGGACAAGAGCCCAACAUGAGCAGAUCUUGAUCCAAUUUGGCAAAAUUCCCAAAGAUAAACUGGACAUUCCAAAAAAGAUGGUCGAAUCGAUUUCUCAACGAUUCAUGCAAUUGGCGAUUUUGGAGCAAAUCGUUCUGAACUCGUUUCGAAUUUCUGCUUGCUUACAGUUCAGCUUAUUGAUCGGAGGGAUAACGUCGAGCUUGUCGAGCGCGUCGGGCCCUCAUUCUCGUUUCACUGUGUUUCUUCAUCAUUUUGGUUACCGGAUGUGCAAGUCGAAAAAAGAACCCGAACGAUGUGAUGCCAACAUCAGACGUGAGCUCUCAAAAGAAUACGGAUAUGCCACUAUACCAGAAAUCAGCAAGGAUGCAUCAACUCCGGAGAAAAAAGCAGAUCCUCAGAACACGGAAAACGAACCAAACCUGGAAAAUGCUAUGAGAGGAACCAAAACGGCCGCUGAAGAUGAAGAAGCAAAGAAUUUGAAAGACAAAAAUCGAGAAGAAAUGGCGGCGCUUGUGGCAGCUGGAGCAGCACUACUUGUCCCUGUUUCAAAAGAACACAAGGAACAACCAAGGGGCACAGAGAAGACGGAUGCAACGGGCAAAGUGAAGAAAUAUGAAGGUGAGUUGGAAAUAAACCCUCUACAAUUGACGUGGGAACAAAAAGAGAUGACACAAAAGUUAAUCGUUUCAAACAAGGCAGCCGCCCAAAUCUACAUGGUCAAGUUGAAACGCUCGGACAACAACAUUUUCAAAAUACGGAUGUACUUUCGGAAAAAACUAGUGGAGCUACGGGAACAA